UUCGGGUCCGAUAAGACGCAGAUACAUAAAAGAAUAUGCUUUCCGAGCACACCCCCCAUCGCUUUGCCUCCCUUCCCUGUCGCCUUAGAAAGUUAGAAUCAAUAGAAGAUGAGAUACCUUCUUCGGAUGGUCCCUCACACCAUCUGCGUCCAUCCAUACAAAAGUAAAAAAUCCUCCGUAUAAUGCCCGACGAAGUAACUAUAUGUGCUCUUGAACAUAGAUUGGUGUUUCAUUUGUUGCUGUGCGUCAUGUCAGACGCCUCUGCAGAGUUGAGGCCCAUCCAACUGACUGGCUCCCCUCCGCUAAGAGAAGAGCUGCAGGAGGUCAACGAAGGAGCACCGGAGGAUGCUGAUCCCCACCACUGCUGCCGCACGCCGACGUCGGAAGAGAGCAAGCUACCGCCGGCGCCGCCGAACUGCCCGCCAGCGCCGAGGAAGCGGAAAUGGAGGAGGCGGCGGCGGAGGCCCCCUCCGCCUCCACCGCCGCCGGAGCUCAUCGCGGCGGAGACCCGACAGCUGGAGCAGCUGUUCAAGCGGAGAGAUCGCGAGGUCGACGAGCCGACGACGACACAGGCCAAGGGGAAGAAGGUUCGAGAUUCUGACCAUGGCAGUUAAAUUAAUUAACUAUACUACGAUCUGCAUGGGGUUGUUGUCGAUUACGCUUACCUUUUCUUUUAAUUUGUUUCAAAAUAUAUAUAUCUGUAUCUAUACAGAUGGUAGGAGAUUUUUUCUCAGAAUUGUGAUCGAUUUAAUUAUCAGAACUAUUCCGUAGCUUCGACUUGA